GUGACACAUGCUUUCUCACUGGCUUGCUGUCUACAGUGGGGACACGGAGGUCGUCAGCAACCACAGAGGGACUUACAGGCAGAGCCCCUCGGCCAGGAGUCCUCUGGACCCUCAGGUAGCUGGCCCCCAGCAGGAAUGGGCAUGAAGACGCUGAUUGUGGCACUGGUCUUGAUGGCUGCAGCCUGGGCCGAGGAGCAGAAUAAGGUGUUGCAUGGUGGACCCUGUGAGCAGACGUCUCACCCCUACCAAGCUGCCCUCUACAUGUCAGGCCACUUACUCUGCGGAGGGGUCCUCAUUCACCCGCUAUGGGUCCUCACCGCUGCCCACUGCAAAAAACCGUAUCUUCAGGUUUACCUGGGGAAGCACAACCUUCAGCAAAGGGAGAGUUUCCAAGAGCAGAGCUCUGUUGUCCGGGCUGUGGUCCACCCUGGCUACAAUGCUGCCACUCAUGACCAGGACAUCAUGCUGUUGCGCCUCGCUCGACCGGCCAGAUUCUCUGAACGCAUCCAGCCCCUCUCCCUGGAGGAAGACUGCUCGGCCAACCACGCCAGCUGCCACAUCCUAGGCUGGGGCAAGACAGCAGACGGUGGUUUCCCUAACACCAUCCAAUGUGCAUACAUCCAUCUGGUGUCCCGUGAGGAGUGUGAGCGUGCCUACCCCAACCAGAUCACCCAGAACAUGGUGUGUGCCGGGGAUGAGAAGUACGGGAAGGAUUCCUGCCAGGGUGAUUCCGGGGGUCCGCUGGUGUGUGGAGACCGUCUCCGAGGACUUGUGUCAUGGGGUAAUGUUCCCUGUGGAUCCAAGGAGAAGCCAGGGGUCUACACCGAUGUCUGCAGAUAUGGCCACUGGAUCCGAAAAACCAUUCAGGGCAACUAACCCUGACAUGUGACAUCCAACUCUUGACCUGUGGCCCCCACUUGCUGGCUCCAGAAUAUCCUUGACCAAGACUUUGCCUUCCCCCCACCUGCCUAGACCCAACCCUUAAUGCUUAAUAAAAGCAGUGAUGUGACAGUACAAAUUCA